AUGUCGCAACAAUACGUACCUGUUGGAGCCUACGAAAGAGAGGUAAUGUCUGAUGGCGUUAUCGUCUAUUUGAUACUGACCAUCAUGGGUAUCUGCUGCUUCUUCAUCAAUGUUCCUCUACUUUACAUACUGCUGAAAUUGCCUCGAUGUCGAACUGAUUCUAAGCUGAUCAUAUGUUUGGUAUGUGGAGAUAUGUUCAAUUGUUUGGCAAUUACUGUGAUGAGCUACACCAGGCGUGAUUUGUACAAGGAAGGUUUGAGAACUGGCCUGCUGGCGAUACAGACUCAAGAGACAUGUGCUAAACAGCCUUCUAUGUGGUUAAGGUCUAUUUGGGGGUGCUUCAUUAGUAUCUUAAUUGUCAUGGCAUUUUGUGGCACUGCAGCAAUUACAGCAUUCAUCUUUCCUCGUAGUGAUUCAGUAAAAUUUGACUGCGGGCGCAAAGCAACCUUUACACGCACCUAUAGUAAGAUUGUCUACUAUUUUGAAAUAUUCGGUUAUGUCAUAGGACUUGUUCUAAAUGCUGCUGCAUAUUUCCGCUGUAGAUCUGUAAUGGUCAACAACGUUGUUUCACGGCAGGUGAGACAAAUACGUUAUUAUCUCACAAUAGCUGUUAUCUCCACACUACUAGUGGCCAUGCCUGAUACUAAGCAGAUAAUUCUUGGCUUUUUACGCAAUAAAAAAAAUGCUCUGCACGAUUGGUUGUCGCAGCUUUUCAAUACAAUGAGUCUGUUAGCCUCUUCCAAUAAUUUGUUUGUCUACCUUGCUCUCAGUAGGGCAUUUCGCAAGGAAUUCUUUGAGACCUUCUCCACUCAAAAGCUCAUAAAAAGAAGACCGCCAGUAUCAGUGCUGUAUGUCAGAAGGAACAGAUGA